GUGCAGUAGCUGAAUAAUUUAAUGGAAAUGAUGACAGACUGCUCACUACACAAGCAAACCCCAUAUCACCACCUCCACCAAUCACAGCACUGCCACAGCCAGCAGUGCCCGUUCCCGUACCACCAUUCCAUGCUUUUGACUCAAUGCAGGAGGAGUGGUUCGAGUACCAUGCAUGGCUCAAUGCUUGCCUGCAGGUACAUCAAGUUAAAGGUUUGGUGCCAAGGAGGAUGCCACAGGCUCAUUGCGUUCACCUCCCUUUGGUCCUCUACUGCUGAUACAGGACAGGGAGCCAAUAAUGAAUGUGCUGCUAUUACUGUCACCCCAUCAUCAAGGCUCCAGCCACGAGAGGUGGCUCAACUUCACCCUGCCACCUUCUGGUUGGCCUCCACGGAACCUCCAGGUGCUGUUGUGACUUCACUGAUAGAAGGAAAUGUUCCAUCCCUGGGCAUAGGGGCACACUGUAUGGAAGAUUUUUCAGCCACUGUUUCUGGCCCCAGUGGAUGUCAGCAUGUGGACAGGAGCUGGCAUCAGUUGCAGUUUUGGUUCCUGACUGGUCAGUGGCAACUGCGCCCAAAUCCUACCCAUUGUUGUUUUCACCAGGACCAAUAUAAAACAGUGGCAAAAAGUUUUUUUUUAUUUUUUUUAUUUGCGGGUAGAGAGGGUAGGGAGAGGAUUGUGACGCCAUACAGUAUCAACACCCCUUCCGGCAGAAUGCAUCCUGAGGUUUGCAGUAAACUAUGCGACAGCUGUACCAAUCUGCGGACAUCUUGAAGCCACAGCUAUGGCCGCAUGCACAGGUAGUGCCACCACUAUGCUGGAAUAAGAAGAUACCACAGUGAGGCCAGCCCUGCCUGAUAGCGGUCUAUGAACAGAGUCAGCUGGAGCCUCAGCAGUUUAUAGCAAUCUAUCUGUGAAUGUGUUUGUUUACAAUGACAUUGCCUAUAGAGCAGAUUCUCUCUUGGACUUGCUGUUCAACUUCAGUAAAGUAGCUAUUUUACUCAGAUUAUGUGUACUUCUAAUCAUUUCUAUUUUUUGUCCAAGCAUUCGCCUAUUCCUUUGCAGCCACCUAUGGCAGAUUCAGUACUUUUAUUGCAUGCCGCACAAACACCUACCAACAGAAGUAUGAUUGUGUGGAGUACUAAAUGAAAUGGGUGACUGGGUUGAAGUUUUCUUGAAGGAUGCACUUUGUACUGGAUGAAGAGUCAGUGACAGAUCUAGUAUAAGAACUUCAGUUGUGCCCAAGGGAAGGGAUGUUGGGACCUUUACUGUACAGCUGUAUAUUAAUGACAUAGCAGACAACAUUUACAGUAACCCUAUACUUUCUGCAAAUGACUGAUUUAUCUAGAAUUAAGUACUGCCGGAAAAAAUCUGCAUAAUUCUUUAAUCAGAUGAUGAUGAAAACCAAAGCGAUGCAAAGAUUGGUAACUCACUUUAAAUGUUCAGAAAUGUAAAAGUGUGUAUUUCACAAAACAAAAAAUGUAGUAUUCUAUUGCCACAAUAUCAAUUAAUCAAAAUUGGAACCACUCAACUCAUACAAAUUCCUGAGUGUAAAACACUGUAUGGAUAUCAAGUGGGAUCUCACAUGCUUUGUUGUAGAUAAAUCAUGUGUCAGACUUUGAUUCAUUUGAAGGCUAAUGGUAAAAUACUGUCACUCUAUGAAGGAGACUGCUUACAAAAUCACACUUGUAACUUAUCCUAAAAUAUUGCUCAAGUGUGUGGGACUCAUACUAGACAGGACAAACUGGUGAUAUUGAAUGUAUACUAAGGAGAGCAGCACAAAUGGUCCCAGAUUUGUCUGACUCCUGGGAGAGAAUUAAAGAAAUGCUGAAAAACCUGAAGUGGCUGUUUCUUGGACACAGAUGCUAAUUAUUCUGUGAAAACGUACUUACAAAAUUUCAAGAACCAGUGUUAAGUGAGGGAUCUAGGAAUAUACUAGAUGUGCCCUAUGUGUCACUCCUACAGAACUACAAAGACAAGAUCAGACUAUUUACAAUGUGUACAAAAGCAUUUAAACAGUAACUGGUCCCAUUUUGAUCAUGUGAAUGGAACAUGAAGAAGCCUUAAGGGGCUCCGGAAAGGCUCAAAAUCAUGAAAAGUUCAAUUUUUACUUUUUUGCGUUUUCUGAAUCU